UUCAGCUCAAUUCAGUCGUAGCCACCAAAAUUGAGAGCCUUUUUGAGAUAGUCUGUGUGUGAAGUGAAGCAAUUAGACCGUGAAACGAAGAAUGAGCUCAUGGGUUUGCUCUUACGUGACUCGAAACGUCGCAAUCGCCGAUUACUCACGUCCUUUCUCACUAACCAAACACCUUAUUUUCCCGGCGACGGUUCAGAGAAGAACCGUCAGCUUUCCGGUAACAUAUGCGCCGAAAUUUCCGUCUUUGAAACUCCAAAGGUCUCAAUCGUCUACCCAUGAAGGUGAAGAAGACCCAGAAUCAUUCGUACAAGCCCUCACGAUUCCAGACGAGUGGUUGCUCCCUUCUAGGGCCAUUGAGGAAUCUGAGUGGUUGAGAGUAACUUUGCACAAAUGGUUGGAUGAUGAGUAUUGCCCUGAGCCAACCAAUGUAGAGAUCAGUGAAGUAGCUGCAAAGUCUUACUACAGUUCAUUGCUAGAGAAAGAAACUGACGUGGGAGAGAUUUUGAUGAAGAUGGCUCAAGAUUUAACCUCUAUUUCAUACAAAGAAAGCUUCCAUGGAGCUUUCACAUCCGCAAAUGCAGCUAUAAAUCUGAUUGUUGAUAGAGUAGAAACCGGCAUACUCUAAUCUAGUAUAGUUUAGUUUAAGGUUUCAAGAACAGUGUCUUUGUAUAUUAUGAAUUUGAGUUUUGUUAUUUCACUUGAUCA